UUCGCAGAGCUCCAGUCCGGAGAUCAGAAAUGGAGGUCUUAUCUCUCUACAGUUGGAGCCCUACAGUUGUGCCGCUUCGAAAAGCCGCCUUUACCAGACCCAUCUUUAGAACAAGUCGCGAGAUUGACAAAAAGUUCACAGUGAAAACGAGUACCGGCGGCGAGCUUAACAAAGACGACGGUCCUUUUCUCUCAACCACCUCCUCCGCCUACGCUGUCCUUGGCGUGGACCCCACGUGCUCCGCCGCCGACCUCAAAGCCGCUUUUCGCACCAAAGUCAAGCAAUUCCAUCCAGAUGUGAAUAGGACCGGCAAAGGCUCCGAUGCAAUGAUUCGGCGUGUUAUUCAGGCUUAUGAGAUGUUAUCCAAUUGCAGCCGAUUGGAGAUCAUUGAGAGUGAAUGCUUAGACCCCUUUGACAAUCCAGAAUGUGAAGCAUUUGAUGUCUUCGUGAAUGAGGCUGUUUGUAUUGGCAAAGCAGGAUGCCCGUAUUCAUGUGUAUCAACAGCCCCUCAUGCCUUCACAUUUGCAUCAACUGGAACUGCAAGAGCAACUUCUCAAGGACAUGGAGAAGAUUACCAAGUCCAGCUUGCAGUUGGUCAGUGCCCAAGAAGUUGCAUUCAUUAUGUCACACCGACGCAGAGAAUUAUUCUAGAGGAAUUACUUGAAAGCAUCUUGAACGUGCCUUAUGACAGUUCGGCUGAGGCGGAUAUGCUGUACAGUCUCAUAGUUAAAGCCAGGUUUGAAAAUAAUAGGUACCAAAGGCCAACGAAGCAGGUCAAAGCUUCAACAGAAAAUGUUGACUGGUUUUGAAUUUUGCAACACUCCAAGCACUAAACAGAGUAUCCAGCCGAUAUGUCCACAGAGCAAUGUUGAUAGAAAUUGUGUGUAUAGCUCAUUCGCGAUGAUGCAUUUGGAAUUCAAAUACGUGUGUUAUAAUUAGUACUCUUUUUACCCCGAUUUUUAUAAGGGUUCUAAAGAUGCAUCUUCUCCAGUAAAUACACCCUUUUGGUGAAUUAUAAACUGUUGUGAAAAGAGGAAUUAUGGAUCGGAUUCCUUGUAUGAUAAUGAAAUUUUUGGCAAAGUAAGGAUUUCAAUUGUACUUAUAGCCUCGG